AUGACACGGUACCCGGCUUCCACGAACUACGACUCUCAGCCGUACCCCUUCUCCCGGGGCCCCACGACGCGCCUCAUCUGCCUUGUCGGCCUGGCAGCCUGCUGGAUCGUGUGCGGGUCCGGGUUGGUGCUCGGCAUCUUCACGUACCGGCGUGGUGUGGUAACGAUUGGAGUGUCUAACAGCGGGCGGGAGGUCAUGCUGCUGGCGCUGGUGUCGGCCAUCUCGUUGAUCAACGAGGUGCUUGGGUACAUUCACGGCACGACACUGCGUUGGGCGCUUGCCCGCGAAGGCCGCCUCGAGUUCAACACCAACCUGCGCCUUCUGCCCGCCGCCAAGCUUUCGACGUUGCCCCCCAACUGGUGGCCGGUCAACCUCCUCAUGCUGCUCGCCCUCGUCGUCUCUUACUCAUCCGCCCCGCUUAACGUGUUUGAUCACUCAUCCGGCCAGAUCACUCAUCCGGCCACCCCACCAAAACGCUCGUGUUUUCUUGUACAAUAG